AUGGAGAGUGCUGUGUUAUGCGCCUCUUCACGCUUUGUUUUCUCACCAUGUUAUGAAAGAGCAGGAGCUUUCCUCAGAGCUUCUCGAAGCUCGUUCGCCGGAAAAUUUCCCUCCGAUAACGUGCUUUCGCCGAGGAUUAACGGAACUGCCCCGACAAGGCGCGCCCUCAUCUCUUGUGUGUUUGGGAGGAAAACUAAAAAACAGACUGUAAUUCCCGACCCUGAUUACCGGAUUCCUAUUGUACUUCUUGGAAUAGCCGGUGGUUCUCUUUAUGUGGAUAAUUUGGCAGCAGGAGUCCCAAUUGGUCUUCUCGGUCUUCUUCUUUUAGUUCAGACAACAAGAGUUCGGUUUGUCUUCGACGCGGAGGCCCUGGAGGUUAAAGUUGGAGACCAACUUCAGGAUUCCGGUGAAAAUGUUUUUGUGGGUGGUAAAAAUCGCUGGAAAUAUUCGACAUUCGUAAACUGGGAACUAUGGUGGCCUACUUUCCCAAUCUUGGUUUACUUCAAGGAGACACAGACAAAACCUGAAGGACAAAUUCACUUUUUCCCAGUAAUUUUUAAUGGGAAACAACUGUAUGAUGUCUUGGUGAAAAGAUGUGGUCCUUCGAAAACUAGCGGGCCAAAAUAA